CAGGCUCUGCAUUUCCUCAACUGAUACGCACCAGCCAGACAGAAGCAGUCGAUCGCAGAGGCCUCCCCACUGUCUCCCCCGUGUUUGUGUUUAUAUGUGUUUUUUAAUAUCCUUUUUGAGGGAAACUGUCAAGCCCUGUCCCAAAGAGCAAAAAUAAUGUACGCUUUCGUGCGUUUCUUGGAGGACGAUAUGUGCUACGCGUUACCUGUGUCAGACGUGAAAGAUUUCCAGCCUGUGCACAAAAGAGAUUUUGAUGAUCAGAAGGUGUAUGUGGUGCUGAGAGGCGCAGGCCAGCCUGCCAAAGCACACAUCCUCGCCUUGGCAGAAAGCAUUGAGGAAUUUGAGCACAGUAUUAUGCAAAAGAAGAUGAAAAUACCCAAGAUGUCGAACAGGAACACAGUGGAGAAUCAUUUUGGCGAGGAGAGAGUGCCCCUUAGACAUAAAAAGGUCCAGUCACAGGAACAGCAGAGGGCCAGUUCCAACUCCUCAAAGAGCCUGGCUGCUGUGGUGGCACGGCUGGAGAGGAACGCUGUCAACUCCUGCACUGAGGGAGAGGAGCUGGACAGACUCACAACAGAGGAAGAGGAAGAGCAGGACGAGGCCGUGGUGCCUCGCGUCCUGUAUGAGGAGCUGGUGCACAGCUACAGGCAGCAGGAAGAGGAAAUGAGACGCCUGCAACAGGAACUGGAGCGCACACGCAGGCAGCUGCUGCAGCAGGCCAAGAAGCUCAAGGAGUACGGCAGUCUGCUGACCGAAGUCAAGGAGCUGCGUGAUUUCAAUCGACGCCUACAGGACGUCCUGCUCAUGAGGCUUGGCAGCGAGCCGAUGCAUGACAAUGGCACACAGACAAUCAAAGCAGAGGUGGUGGAGCCGAUCAGUGAACCACAGGAGGUGUGUCAAGAGGAAGCCAACACUAGCUCCACCCACUCCCCAUCCCCGAGAACCGUCUACACCUUCAAUGAUGGAAAAGUGCACUUGGGUGGAGGGAUUUGGGUGGAGGAGGAGAAGUGGCACCAGCUACAACGGACACAGGGAGACUCAAAAUUCACCAAAAACCUGGCGGUGAUGAUCUGGGGCACAGAAACCCUGAAGAACCGCAGCGUGACUGGCGUUGCUACGAAGAAGAAGAAAGACGCCCUGCCCAAACCACCGCUUUCACCGAGCAAGCUCAAAAUUGUUCGAGAGUGUCUGUACGACCGUGUGUCUCAAGAAACAGCUGACAGUGCAGAGAUCACCCAGCGAUUAUCCAAAGUGAACAAAUACAUCUGCGAAAAGAUCAUGGAUAUCAACAAAUCUAUCAAGAACGAGGAACGGCGAGAGUCCAAGCUUCUCAUCCAGCAGACGGUGAAGAUGGAGAACUUCCCCUACGACGGUCUGUAGGGGGCGCUGAAGUUGUCACCAUAGGUCAUUCUACUCCUCAAGGACUUCUGGUGGAGAAGGUGCAUGUAAUCACCGGCGCUGCCAAUUGAGAUUUCCACUGAUGCCCUCCCAAGACCUCUCUGUCUCUUACUCUCGUAGACCCUAGUCUCGUAGACCCUGUUUUACAGCCUGUCUGACAAUUUUACCUCUCUCCGCACAGACUUAGCAUACUGGUGUGCAUUCUGUGAGUGAAUGGGGUGGGGUUUUUUAAGCUUUGACGGGGGAUCUCGGGGUGGGUCGGAUAUUAUGCCUGAUAGACAGGAGCGAUCCUUUAAAUCGUGUGCGAGAAAAAUGUGUUUGGCACAUCAGCUUGUGUUCUGUGUCAGAACAUGUCCUAAUGUACUAAAGAGGUUUCCCUUCAGAAGAAGUCUUCUUGUUUCAGGAGGAUGUUUGCGAGGUGUCAUAAAUGCUGGCUUAGAGUCGGAGUCUUAAGGGGAGGUAGGUCACUUCACAGGGACCAUCUGCUAAAGGUACUUAACAUAAAGAGUUGCACUUUUAAACAGGGUCACACCCUGCGUCGUCUUAAUGAACGAUUGAUUUAAUUAAUCAAUCUAGGCUUAAUUGCUUUCCUGAGAUGACUACUGAUGGUCUGUUGUUGUUCUUGAUGGUUGUUAGGGGUGGAGAGGUCGCAUGUAGUCAUAGCAGCGUGUGUUUGGAGAUAAGCCACAAAAAGUAUACUUGAUGGACUAGCCAUGGGACAGGAGUUAUUGUAUUGUCGGGUCUACAGAGAUGGAGACCACCUAAGACCUUUUACCAGCCGUAAAUUGCACGGGACGGAGGGUAAGUGGAAAUCUGAGCUAGGCCUUUUUCCAACUGGCAAUCAUUGGGAACUGUGUUCUCCGUUUUAUAGCAAGCUGUGAUUGUAAUAUGAGCUGAUAUUGCUUUAACUGCACUUUGCUGUUAGUGUGGAGAGAUGCCAGGCGCCGUGUGCAGACGUGGGGUAAAACUGUCAGCAGUGCUCGGGAGUUACACAUUAGCCUCAUCCUUCUGGUCGCACCAACAGCAGGGUCUCUGCUCCAGCCCACCUGUAGAGGGCGCACUCAUUAGGGGAGGAAAUAAGAUAUCGUGACAACUUACAAUGAGCCAUGCCAUCCACACUUUAGUCCUUUGUCAUCACAAACAGUCUGUGUGGCACUGGCUUGUCGGCAUAACGAUAGAAAGAAGACCCUCUUGCAGAUUUGGGUUCUUGACUGUGAUGCCAUAUCGCUUACUGUGAAUUAACAGAUCACAGAUCUGCCACGCAAAAGCCUCCCUAUUUUUUAUUUUCUCAUAUUUGUUUUAUUUUGUUGUUUUAAUCAAGUACAUUUAUUAGUGGGGAGAAAAUUUCAGUGUAUAUUUGGAAUAUAUUCUCAUGUUUUUGAACAUUGCAUCGUUUGCAUCCAGGCUGCACCUUAUCUCACUAAGCUUCUGGUUCAAAAGCGAGUCAGACAAUGUUGUAAUUCUGUCUUUAUCUUUGCUGGUUCUUAUAUAGUUUCUAAUCAUUACAGUGUAUAUGUGACGUUUCGCUAUUAAUGUAGAUCCUGGGUACUCAUAUUUCUCAAAGAAUGCAGGGCUCUUCACGAAUACAUCAUCUCUAAUGACAGAAACCCAUAUCUUAAAUUGAUACUAUCAUGGAUUUUUUACCGCAGGUAUCUUGAUGCUUCAAGAACUUCAAUUUAUGAAUUUCACCUCACUGUGAGUCAUUUGUUACGGACUAUCAUUUCAUUUGGAGUCAUUUCCAUCGCCUGCCUUUCCGUUCCGAGGAAGUCAUUGUCCAUCUUCGACAACGUAGCACUUUAAUCCUAAGGAGGAAAAAAAAACGUAUAAAAAUCCAUCAAUGUUGGCUUCUUUGUUGUGAUUUACCCAAGCCAAUUAAAAAAAAAAAAAAGAAGUCAACAUAAACAUUUAACAAUGCUUGUGAAAAGACGUUCACGAGAAAUCAUAAAUCAGCUCUCAGUUUUCUGCCACUCAGUAGCAGUUUAGCAGCCAUUUGUUUCUCAUUCUCUCGAGCCUGUGAAAGCGAUUCCUUUUUUCUUUCUUACAGCGACGUACCUCCAAUAUGUCAAGGUAAUUACGGGAGAGAACAGAUUGUACUAAGGUUCUUUUGUUCCACUGAAUGUCUUUCUCUUCUUCUUUUUUUCUGUAGAUAUUUCCUGUAUUGUGUGAUAUGUAUUGCCACACUUAAUGAAUAUUUGAUGUUCCAUAAUGAGCGUACAUACUGUGCGGGUAUACUGGAAAAUGACAG